GCUUUGUGCACGUUUCACUAGGCAUGCCCAUGCGUCUCCAGACGCCUGUUGUUGUCUUUGAUGAGCGAAUGUGGAACUGGAGCGACGUGUUGAGGGUAGAGGUAGCUUGUUACCUGGAGCUGAGAAUUACUACAUACUUAUGCAGGGACGAAAUCAUAUCAAGAAAAAAAAAAUCACUCUGAUAUCGUCUAAAGACGGGUGACCUACGUAUUCCAGUUACCGCUUAACCAAUGUAAACCGUGUUUUACAAUACAGCUCCGACCUCGGAUCAUGGCACUAUUGCCUUUGAGUCUUCACGUGCACCCUACCCCCCUGUUCCAGACCUACUCCCAGGUCAAUCGACCACGCCGGAACACCGGACCUCGCCUACCUCAGUCUACAAUAAACUUAGGAAAUUGGAGUUGUACGCUACCCUCGUUUGAAAGCUAGUUCGUUAGCUAGACACGGCAGAAAACAAGAUGAGCUUCGAAAGCGCAGACACACAAAAGGAGGAGUUCCGAAAGUAUCUAUUACGUGUUGCUGCAAUGUUUAUCCAUGGCGGUCAAUGAAUUUUUCUUGCGUUGCGUUGCGCAAACUAGAUUAUAAUCCUUUCAAGCCUAUCAAAAACAAAAAGGUACUUGGAGGCGAAUGGCGUCAUUUCGCAGCUAACGAAAGUUUUAGUUGGUCUGUAUGAGGAGCCAGAAAGACCGGCCAAUGCCAUCGACUACAUCAAAAAGUAUCUCGGCGCGCCAACAGGUAGAGAGUUUUUUGGUAACGUUGUUUUUGCUUGAUUUUCAUUUGGUGCCAAAGGCAAAGAAAAUUGGAAAAAGUAAAAAGCAUCGAUCGAACCUGUGUUCUCUUACACGACAAGGUGUCGACGUGGAGGAAUUGCGAGCGGAGAAUGAAGAAUUGAAGCAGAGGAACGAAGAGCUCCAGAAGCGAUUAGACGAGCUGGUUAACCAGCUGGAUGCCCUGAAGGCCGAGGCCGAGGACGAAUAAGCUUGUUUGAAGGGAACCAGGAUCGAGCUUGUUCUCCCGCUACAACAGCAAGCGGCACGGAAACCAAAUUGACUAUGCUGACGAUAAUAAUCAGAUUCGACAACGUGCAGUACGCAACACUACUAUACCUGAUUUGUUUUCUUGAACAACAGAAAUCGACAAACUAAAACUGCUCUCUCUCACUCACUCGUAUUCGGCAAUAAAUUACCCUUGCUUGUUUUCUAUGUACUGAACAGUACACUCGAACCCAAUUAUCCGCUAAACGCUAAUCCCAAUAUCACGGCUGGUGCUCGAAUUCAAGAUCGUGACUAACAGAAAUUAUACUGUGCUAAAGCUGUACAACAAGCUGGUUUCCUGCUGGAGGCCGACGGUACCUCGAAAGAUGACGGCGGAUACGAAACAAGUGUUGGUCGCAGAGGCAGAGCUUUCAAUACGUUUCGGCAAUUCUUCCAUUGAUCGCAUCGUGCCCAAUCACUCAGGGUCUGGGGGUGAGUUGCUGGUUGGGACGAGCGGAGCGUGC